AUGAAACCAAUUGACAUCCAUCGUAAGCAAGAUUUACUGGGAAGGUGGCAGGUCCAGGCUUCUCCAGCCAAAAAGGAAAUGAUUUGGGAAACAUGUGGAGAAGCUGCGGGAAAUGAACAGGAACAUAAGACGAAAGAGAACGAGGCAGCUCAUCUUCAGAAAGAAAAUGGAGACUUGAAGGAAACCAUCAGGACAAAGGAAGAGACGAUCAAGUCACUGCAGGAAAUGAACAGGAACUAUAAGACGAAAGAGAACGAGGCAGCUCAUCUUCAGAAAGAAAAUGGAGACUUGAAGGAAACCAUCAGGACAAAGGAAGAGACGAUCAAGUCACUGCAGGAAGACCUCGAGGCGAAGACACAGGAAAUGAAAAACAAAUGCAACAUGAAAGAUGCGAAGAUAGAUGGCUUGCAAAAAGAAAAUUUGAACCUGAAGGACGACAUUCUGGAGAAGAAAGGGGAAACCUCGUAUAUAAGAAGCAGCGUGCCAUUCCACCGAGGAACAGACUGA